UGCAGAUUUGAUCAGGCACAUUUACGAAUGCACAUGACUCCUCAGCAGAUCACAUGACAGGGAGGACCCUCCCUGGCCCCUCUGCCGCUCCUCUCAAAACAGGGGACAGAGAGUCUGGCUCUCUUGGAUCACAUAGCGUAAAUAUUGUGACACGAAUCCCCCGAACGGAAAUGACUACCCACACAGUUUUGGUUGCUACACCAUGACUGUUUUCUUUGCUCCCUUCUGUUUUUCUCUCCAUUAUUUCCCUCGCUUCACUGAGCGGAACCUUCAGAAGCCGUCUGGGAAGCUUUACGGCCUACUUUAGCCUAGCCUAGCCUAGCCGUUAAUGAGAAGAAUGCGUCGAGUGUGGAAAAUGGAUGGGAGAGCAACACCGGCGGCAGAAAAGUUCCCUAAAGAACUUUGUGGCGUUAAAGAUGUUCUUCACAGACUAGAAGAUGUCAGCCAAGCUCAUUGUCCUGAUAGCCAAGAGUUUGCAUUCAUCAAGGAGGAGGAGGAAGAAGAGCUCAUACACAUUCAAGGUUCCAGAAAAUAUCUUGGUGCUGAGUGGCAGGAGCCAGAAUCUCCUGGCGUUAAAGAGGAUGUUGAGUUCCCCCAAAUCAAACAGGAUGAGCCAGUGCCCCCUGAACAGAAAAAGAGAGAAGAGCAACUUCCAAUCAAAGAGGAGGAGGAGGAGGAAGAGCUGCCAUACGUUAAAGAGGAGGAAGGUAUCACCAGUCAACCCGGUGAGCCCUUGAAGAGUGAGGCAGGCGGAGGGGCGGAGCCUCCGUGCGGCGGCGGCUCAACGGAAGGAAUGCAAGCAGAUAGAAAUGGCGCCACGUCACACUGGCCUUAUAAUGACGAUGGUCAUAUGAGGAGGCACACGGGCGGACAACCUUUUUCCUGCUCAUUUUGCGGUCGAGGAUUCAGUUGCUUGAGCUUGUUAGACAGACACAUGAGAACCCACACUGGAGAAAAGCCUUUUUCCUGCUCAGUGUGCGGUCAAGGGUUCAGUUGGACGAGCAGCUUAAGUUCACAUACAAGAACCCACACUGGCGAAAAACCUUUUUCCUGCUCGAUUUGCGGUCGAGGAUUUGCUGAAAAGCAACACUUGAAAGUACACACGAGAACUCACACUGGCGAAAAACCUUUUUCCUGCUCAAUUUGUGGUCAAGGAUUCAGUCUAAAGCAAAACUUAGAAACACACAAAAGAGCCCACACUGGCGAAAAACCUUUUGCCUGCUCAGUUUGCGGUCAAGGAUUUAGUUGGAAGAGCAGCCUAAAUUCACAUGCGAGAACCCAUACAGGUGGAAAACCUUUUUCCUGCUCAGUUUGUGGUCAAAGGUUCAGUUGCAAGAGCAGCUUAAAUUUACAUGCAAGAGGCCACACUGGCCAAAAACCUUUUUCCUGCUCAUUUUGUGGUGAAGGAUUCAGUCGAAAGCAGAACUUAGAAACGCACGAGAGAAACCACACUGGCGAAAAACCUUUUUCCUGCUCAGUUUGUGCUCAAAGAUUCGGUCGCAAGAGCUCUUUAGAAAUACACACGAGAAUCCACACCGGCGAUAGACCUUUUUCCUGCUCGGUUUGUGGUCAAGGCUUCAUUCGGAAGCAAAAUUUACAAGUCCACGCGAGAACCCACACUGGCGAAAAACCUUUUUCCUGUUCACUUUGUGGCCAAGGAUUCAGUAGCAAGAGCAACUUAAACCGACACACGAGAACCCAUGCUGCCGUAUAACCUUUAUCCUGCUCAGUUUUUGAUUGAGGAUUCACUGAAAAGCAAACCUUCAAAAGAUUCCAGACCGGAGAAAUCCACCAAACGCACGUGGACCGAAUGGACAAAUUCCCGUGCCGAGCCAGGAUAAAGAGCUGGUCCGCGGCCAGGGCAAAAACCACAUUGUUCCCCCUCGAUCUGAGGUUCAACUUUCAACCUAACCCCCUUUUCCCGUACCCUGGCUGAGGAGUGUGAUCGUCCCCCUAUAGUUUGAACGCACCCUCCGUUCGCCUCUCUUAAAGAUGGGGUCCACUGCGCUGGUUUGCCAUUCCAAAGGCACUGCCCCACAAUGACCACGCAGUGUUGCGUAGGUGCGUCGACCGGGACGCGGCCCCGCAACACCUAAAGCCUCGAGAUACCCGGGGCGAACUUCAGAAAUCCCCGGAGCUCCGCCGCCGCCGCGCUGUGAUUUGGCUACCUCGGCGGCGACUUCUUCCCCAGCGAUUGACCCGUCCGACCCCGGGCCCCUCGGCUCCGUUUCCUCCACGGAAGGCGUGUUGGUGGGAGUUACGACACAGCGUUCGUAUAAAUCCUUCUACUGAUGAUACUUUGAUAUUAAUGAGCUAAAAAUGAUGGAUUUUGGAAAGGGAUUGUAAAACACAGCCUCACGAGAGGCUUUCAUUAUUGUUGACUUUGGCGGAGGCAGCAAAGCGCUACAGAAAGUACGUACAGAUGCUGCUCAUUCAGCUGCGUUACCCCUACAUAAUAAUGGGACUUUUUUUCUGGUAGUAACAGUACGACUUUCAUCUAGUAGUCCUUUCUUUUUUUAUCCUUCAUUUGGUCCUAAUACCCAGUCAUCUCAAUUGGACACUCAUGAUUGAAAUGGUUUGUGCUUUGAAUCGUACCGGCCCCCGCCGAUGAAAAUCUCUCAACUCUGCUUAAAGUGCUUGUUUAUUUUAUUCAUAAUAAAAACAGCGUUUUGAUUCAGUCCUCGCCUCCUUUUCCCGUUGCUCAGAACAAGCCAUUCUUUGAUGAUGAUUUUAGGGGCAUCGGACGAGCCAACGGGACUGGGUUAUGUCGAUAUUCCCCAAGAUGUCAGGCGAAAAGUUCUGUUUGUCAAGUUAGAAACUUGAGCGACCUGCAUUUAACACGAUGAGUAAAUAUGUGGGCCACCUUUAUCCGCCAAAAAUGUACAGUAAAAUAAUACAACUCUCCCUGUAUGGCCUUGCCAGAAUUCUUAAUUCCCCCAACAAGGGAGGGAGGGAGGGAGUGCAAGCUACCAAGCAGCGAUUAUGAAAGAAAAAUGUGUGCUUCUUCACCCACUGAGGAUGGGGAGUUGGCAGCGAUGUGGAUGACUACAAAUUAGGGGUGGAACAAAAAAAAUAAAAGGUGAUACUUUAAAGCCCAAAAGGUUAUUGAUAUAUUGUUUUAAGAAGGUGUUACUGUUAAAAAAAAAAUGCAACCAAACUCUGUCUAUGUUAGCUCACUAGCUGCCAUUGACGGUGCCAGCGCCAAAGCGUUGCAUUCACAGCCAGUCGUUUACUUCCUGUUGAUUUGGACUCACUUCCAAUGUAAGUGGCGUGACUUCCUUUUUCAGUAACCUGUGAAUGCCCCAAAAUCAACAGGAAGUGAGUGACUGAAAAUCACCUUCCGAUCCGUUUGAAGUGUGGAAGGAAUGUUUGUUCGUCGCCUCCGUCCCUCCCAGUUCAAACGGAAUGGACGUCUACUAGUGAUAAACUUCCAGCAAAAGAAUGAAAAUUGUUUUUCUCUUUUAGUUGUAUCUUAGAACGACUUGCUGAGCAAUGUAUGGAGAAUGGCCAUAUCGUGAGAUCAUUGUUAUCGUGAGCAUUGUAGGUAGGGUCUUGUGAGGUUCCCACCACUACAACAAAACUUGGCGGCUCUCGUGUUUGGCAGGUAGUAGCAAGACAACCGAAAGUGAAACAAAGACGUUCUUGUAUGCCUGCGAGCAAGGCCGGCCCAGCCUAUACGCAGACUAUGCAGCUGCUUAGAGCCUCUGACCACUAGGGGGCCUAAAGGAACCUGUGUUUUAAAUGACCUGUUAAAUGAUUAAUCCUCAAGGUUCCAUUCGUUUUCGUUAAAGGACUCCAAUAACGACGACAUGUUCAAAGUCAACAAUUUAUCGCCCUAAGUUACUGACAGAGGAGUUCUAAGCAGCAUGCUGGGUCAGUGAACUACUCCUGGUCCUAGCCCAAAAAAGAUCGUAGUAGACUGACCAAGUCUUUCCGGCUUGCCCAGUAUUUUAUACAUGUGAGUGAAGAACUGAGGAUGUGAGGUCAUGUGAUUAGAGUCAUUAUGUCCACGGAAAUCCCGGUCAUUAUUGUCACAUGUGAUGAAUGAUAAUCAAAGACGUCUGCUGUCGAUAUGGCCGGACUGCUGGACACCCCACGUUGUCGUCCGGCCUGAAGACUGUUGCCCUUUGUUGUCCUCUGGUCCUAGGGAGCUUCCAAAGCGAAUGGCCUUCCGAUGGCCCAUUGACCUUUUGCUGCUACCUCCAAUCACGAGUCCCAAGUGGUCUCUUGUCAAAAGGCCCCUGUGCCUAGAGAAACAGUCUUAACAUCCUUGUAGCAAUUACAUUUCAUUGUUUCAUUCUUUUAAUUUGUUAUUAAACAUCAGCUUUUUAAUUUCACUUCCCUUCAGGGCCCCAAUCUGGCAACCUCAUUUUCUACGUUGUUAAUGGAGCAUCGUGAAUAAUGUGGCGCGCAUUGCCGUUUAUUGAUGCAAACAUCCGUUUUCUUGUCAUUACAAUCUGGCAACCUGGGGAGUGAGGUUGAACCUGCUUUGCGAUGAUUGGUGCUCAAAAUUGCUUGGGAAAAAAAAUGCACUAAUAUGUCGAAGAGAAUUUAUCCUUAAGAAGAAGACAAUCGGUGAAGAAGAGAAACAACAGUAUCAAGGUAAUACAGCAUGUUGUUGAUGUUGUUGCGCAAGACACUCCGACUUGAACGUUGUUGUCAGCUGAGCUUGUCAAUAUGUCGUACUGGUAAUUGCCAUUAGGCCCGGAGCGAAUCAAGUCAAGCAGAGCAAGUUGUCGCCUGUGUGCAACGGCAAAUGUACGGCUUCCGCUGACUGUAGUAAAAGGAAAUAUUGGCAUAAUACGCAUUUGGACUGGAGAGCGUAGCUAUAGUCAUUUCAUUUCUAUCGGACAUUAUUAUCAAGUAGUAUGACGUAUCAGCCUACGGUGAAUCCACUUAAUUAGUUGCGCACUCCCCACAGUACACGUUUUUGUUGACGAAUAUUUUCCUGGGCUGAAUUUUGUGCCAUGUCAUCAUAUUGGCUUGAACGUGACGUCACAUCCGGUGAGCGUAUCGUUUGUUAGCGCUGCUACUAGUCGCUAAUCUCCAAGUGCUCCUCAAUUUGUUUUAUCCCACGGACACAUCGGAGAAUCGAUCCUAGGCUGGUUCGGCUCUCCUAGUGCUCCUUAAUUUGUUUUAUCCCACGAUUUAACAGGUCGUGGGUUAAAACUACUCUACUCUCCUCUUUAGCUCUAUCUUGCUAGCCUAGCUUAUCCAAGCUAUGGCUAGCCCUCUGCCUUCUUCCUCCCGUCUUUUCUGCUCAGUGUGCUGUAUGUAUAGCGAGCACCCUGGCUCCUUCGUCGAGGACAGUAGUAGCUGUAGGAAGUGUAGCUUAGUCUCAGGGUUGGAGACCAGGGUUUCUGAGCUAGAAGCACGGCUCUGCACUCUAGAGACGAAAGCUAGUCCUAGCUAUAGCCAGGUAGUGGCAGGGCCCGCAGGUCGUGCUUGCAGUAGUAGGAUUGCUAGCGCAGUUAGCCCCCCAGCGAGCCCCGUGCAGCCGGGGGAAAUUAAGGACGGAUUUGUGACUGUACGGGGGAAGCGCAGUGGUAAACGCACAACCUUAGUGCACCAGCAGCUUCACAUCAGCAAUAGGUUUGCCCCCCUCAGCGACACACCGGCUGAACCAGACACUCUCGUAAUUGGAAGCUCCAUAGUAAGAGACGUGAAGCACCCGGCGGUGUCUGUCAGGUGUUACCCAGGGACCAGAGUCGGUGACAUCGAAGGAAACCUCAGGCUCUUAAAGCAGAGUAGGAAGAGGUUCCGCCGUAUCGUGAUUCACGCAGGCGGUAACGACGCCCGGCGGAGACAGUCUGAGGUGCUUAAAUUAAACGUAGCCUCAGUGUGUGAACUUGCUAAGUCGAUGGCGGACACCGUAGUUUUCUCUGGUCCUCUGCCUAAUUUGGUCAAUGAUGAGAUGUACUCUAGAUUCUCAUCAUUUAACCGCUGGUUGUCUAGAUGGUGCCCAGAAAACGAUAUAGUCUUUGUUGAUAACUGGCACGCGUUUUGGGGCAAGUCCGGGCUCAUGCGCAGAGACGGCAUUCAUCCGACUUGGGACGGUGCUGCUCUCUUAACUCGAAAUUUGGCCGCCAAACUAAGUCUCCCAAAGUGACACUUCAGAGUGGGGGCCCGGGCGCAGUGUUGUAGUGUAAAACACAACUCUGUUAGUAGUGACCACUCGCCUCUUUCCAAACUGUCACAAAUCCAAAAUUCAGGACAGAAGAUAGAGACUGUGUCCGUGCCUCGUAUAGUGAACAGGGGAAAACAGAGUACUAUAGGAACGAGACCAAAGAAUUUAAUACAUAUAGCCCCUGAUAGCAGUGAAAAUGAAAAUAAAAUAGCUCUUAAUAAAUAUAUAAAAUGCGGAUUAUUAAACAUCAGGUCAAUCUCGCCCAAAUCUCUGUUAGUUAAUGACUUAAUUGGGGAUUAUAAUAUUCAUAUUUUGGCCCUGACUGAAACUUGGCUUCAGCAGGAUGACUUUGUUAGACUUAAUGAAUCCACACCCCCAAGUCACAUGAAUUUUCACACAGCUAGAAGCACGGGCCGUGGAGGGGGGGUGGCAGUAAUAUCACACUCUUGUUUAGGUAUGAGCCCAAAAAGUAAAUCUAAUUACAUUUAUAACUCCUUUGAAAGCCUAGCACUAUCAAUUAUAGACGCUAACUGGAAGAACCAAAAACCAGUUCUCUUCUGCUUAACCCUGAAAAGACAGAAGUCCUUAUAAUAGGCCCGAAAAGUGUUAGAGACUCUUUAGCUGCCCAGAUAGUCACUCUGGACAAUGUAAGUGUAGCCUCCAGCACCACAGUUAAAAACCUAGGAGUUUUAUUUGACCAUGACUUAUCGUUUAAAGCACACAUUAAACAAACCUGUAGAACGGCUUUCUUUCACCUGCGCAACAUCGCCAAAAUUAGAAAUAUUUUAUCUAAAAGCGAUGCAGAAAAAUUAAUUCACGCGUUCGUUACAUCGAGAUUGGAUUACUGUAACUCCCUACUUGCAGCUUGUCCUAAAAGCUCUCUAAAAGGUCUUCAGCUAGUCCAAAACGCAGCAGCAAGACUUUUAACAGGAACCAAUAGAAGAGAGCAGAUCACCCCUGUGCUCCAGGCACUUCACUGGCUUCCAGUCGAGUUUAGAAUUAAAUUUAAAAUACUUCUUCUUACAUUUAAGACCAUUAAUGGGUUGGGGCCACCUUAUCUCACCGAUGCUCUGGUUCCAUACCGCCCCAACAGAACACUCCGAUCUCAGAAUGCAGGUCUACUGGUAGUUCCCAGGGUUCAUAAAAGUACUGUCGGAGCUAGCCUUUAGCCACCAAGCCCCUGUUUUAUGGAAUCAGCUUCCAGCUAGUAUUAAAGAAGGAAUCAGCUUCCAGCUAGUAUUAAAGAAGCCGAGACAGUCUGUACAUUUAAGAUUAGAUUAAAAACGUUCCUAUUCGACAAAGCUUAUGGUUAGGCUAGUUGAAGUCGGAGUAGACUCACAGUUUAGUCUAAGCUGCACUAGAAGCUAUAAUGCUGGGGGCAGUACAGCCGCUGAGUUCUAUCUCCUUUUCUUACUCUACCCACCACUUGUCUUACUUUAUUUCUAUUUUCCAAUGUUAAUAUCUAGUUGUCUAGUCUCUUCAUCACUAGUCACCCGGUGUCCCCUUUCCCCCCUCCCCUCUGGAGAGGGGCUAUUUUUCAGCUGCAGCCUCCUGACUGUCCGGACCCCUGGCUGGAUAGACGUCCUCGCUGCUACCCCCGUCUCAUCUGACUAGAGGGACUUCUUCUUGCAUCUUCACUCCACUGUAUUUUUACGGACUAUAAUUUCGCUUGCUAAUUCCCAUUAGCCGUUCUGGAGUUCCUGUCUAUCCGUCCUGGGAGUGGAUCUCUCCUGACUGUGGUACUCCCCAAGGUUUCUCAUUUUUCUCCCAAUUGACUUUGGAGUUUUUCCUUGCCGGCAUGGAGGGUCUUAAGGAUAGGGGAUACCCAGGACUUGAACUGCAUCUAUUCAUCUUUGUUGCUUCAUUUCUAAUUGUGUAUCAUAUUGCCUCUGUAAAGCCCUUUGAGACUUCUGUUGUGAUUGAGGGCUAUACAAAUAAAAUUGAAUUGAAUUGAAUUGAAUUUUGUACUUUGGAUGAUUCAAAGGAGCUAUUGAGAAGUAUCUUGGAAUUGGAGGUGGAGUGCCGUCCUCUUCACAAGAUGAUUUCCCCAAGUGUACAAUUCAAGGUAAUGCUUGGCAAUGUUGUGUACAUAGUUAUGAGAUCAAGGUGCACAUCAAGUUACCAUUUUAAUACAUUUUGAUUUCUGCCAAAGUUGCAAUUUUAAAACAUUUUUAUUUCUGCCAAAGACACUGCUGCUGUUGAAGAGAACAGAUGUAUUCAAUAAAGUUCAUUUAUGUUCAUUCUAUAAGUGCAUAGAUGUGUGAAAUGAGGUGGAAAAGGUAACCAGUUUUUUUUGUCCGCCUAAUCAAAAAUAGCUCCUGCUGAACAACCUUGCCGUUGGUAAUAAUGACUUUUCUAUUUGAAAAAAAUAAAAAAUUGUAAAUAUCCUCAAAGACAAGCUGCUCACAAUAUAUAUAUAUGAUUUCAGGAUCAUCCCAGCUUCACUUUGGGAUGAUGAUUUUCUGCAUCCAGUUAUACUGCUGGUAAAUGAAUAUUCCAAAUUUGUCCAAGUUGUGACAGAUGUAUUUAGAAACAAGCUGCCCUUUUUUGAACUGUUUUUCUGUUUGCAUUUUUUGCACUUGAAGAAGGCUGUGCAGACUGAAAUUGUUUAAUUUAUAUUCUAUUUGACUACAGAUUGCUAAUUUAUGUAAAUUUUGAUACUAUUACAAGCUUAAAAAACAAAAGUUCUUGAAGUUUCCUCUGUUUCCAUUUUUUGCACUUUAUACUUGAAGGAAGCUUUUAGUUGUAAGUUAGUCAUGGCUUCUGUUUGUGCAAUUCAUUUGUUUUAUGAACUAUCUGACGAUAUAAUUCAUUUGCUGUUGUGAUAUUUGACUUUCACUUUAUACAACAGUUGUGUACUGGUUGUGACUGUACAGUACAUUGUGAGACUGUGAAAUUGUUUAUAUUCUAUGUUGUUUACUACAGUUUGCUUUAUUUGGCUUUUGUGAGUUUUGAUACUUGAUCACAAGCUUAAAAAAUAAAAGUUCUUCCUUCCUUUCUUUUCCGCUUUUAGAAAAAGGUUUGGCACCAUCUACUUAAGUACUGACAAUCAUUUGGGGUGAGAAGUUUGAGUAUGCAGUGCAACAAAAUUUGAUUAAUAUACAAAAUAUGGACGUAUGGGUUGGAUUGCAUGUAUGGCUUUCACAGUACACUGUGACGUAAUGGCGGGCCAAAAAUAUGGGCCCCUUGGCAUUAUUUUGCUCAGGGCAGGGCCCCCAAAUGGCCUGGCCCCGCUGCAAGUACAUAUUGAUGACGGUGCCAAGCAUGCGAGAAUCUUUCUGGGACAGAGCUGUAUGGGAUGAUCACUUUGAUGAAAGUGAUAUUGAUGAGUAAUGCUGUAUAGCCUACGCUGCACCAUGUAGUUUUUCAUUUUUAUAUAUAUAUUUGUAUGUGUAUUAUUCUAGAUUUUCAUAUUCAUAGACACUGUAGUAUGAAACUUUUGGUCUUAUUCCAUUUUGCCCAUGAUUCCAAUUUAGGAGGGUGUGGUAGCAAUUGGGUUGAUUUUCAGCCAUUUAUGGCCACGGUGUUUUUUUGUUUUUGUUUUUUUUUUCAUAUCUUUCAAUACACUGUAGGCUGUGAUAUUUUUAGGAUAUGACACAUUAGCUUUUAGCUCAAUUUACUAUAGAUUUCGUUGUGCUGGGUGCAAAUCACUUGGGUUGAAGCGUUUCCUUCGAGAAAUGAGCUAGCUCCGUUUCUCACUCUGAAAUCACUAAGACACCAAUACUUGUUGUAAAUGUUUGCUAGAUGUAUUUAUACAAUCUGAUAAAGAUUCAGUGUUGCCAGAAUGAACGUAGCACUUAAAACAGCAACACCUAGAUUUUCAUUUUUGGGAUAUUCUCAUAUAGCCUACACAUAUUUCUGGCUGGUGACCAAUGUUCUGAGUCGAACUUUAAAGCCUGACAAGAGUCUGGAAGGGUAUGGUCUAUGCAAACAAUGCAUUGAACACAUAGAUCCAGCGUAGUGGAGCCAAUUUCACUUUCCAAGCGUGGUGCCAGUACGGCCUGUAGCAGUGUUUUUCAACCUUUUCUGAGUCACGGCACGUUUUUACAUUGAAAAAUACCUCGCGGCGUCACACAACAAACCAAAGAUGUUUCAAAAUGACUUUCUGUACAGUAUAUUUCACUAGAAAAUAUUUUCUCUAUUUAAACUUACUCAGUGUGAAACUUGAGCCUGUUUAGAUGAACACAAAGCUGAUAUCCUGGCAGAAAUUCAAGAAACACACAAAGCUCUACAGCUCUGUUUUUAUUGUUUUAGAGCAGUUAGGCUUAAAAAGCUCAUAAUUAUCAGACAGGGGGACUUCAGCUAUGUCUUUAACUGCAUCAGGGCCGAGCCUCUUGCUGACAAUGGCUUAGCAGGCAGGUGAUAUCAAUGUCUCUGCCACAGUGCGGGACUUUUUGGAUUACGCGACAAGUUCGGCAACAAGGUAAGG